AUGAAGGUACUGCAGGUGCUGGAGUGUCAUUCUGUCAAGCAGUUCUCACAGCCCAGAGAGCGACGGACUCCUGAUUCAAUCUGCCUGAACCCUAAAGCUACACAGCUGCACCACAGAAAUCCGCUACGUCGCUACGAACGAAACGCAAACCAUGUGGAUGCUGGAGAAGAUCCGGGGGUCUGUGGAGGAGAACAUUCUCCGGCAGGGCGAGUCUGCAGACAAGCAGGGCAAGGCUCCCGUGUACAGCAACGUCCUGACCCCGGACAAGAUCCCCGACUUCUUCAUCCCUCCCAAGCUGACCUGCAUCCCCACGGAGCCGGAGGUUCCGGACGUCAAGCCCAAAUCCAACCUGAAGCCCUCCAGCUCCGAGCAGAACGUGAGCACCAGGAAGCCCCCGAGCAGCCCGCGACUCAUGAGCAAGCUGGCCGGCGACACCAAGAACCUUCUGAGAGCCGCCAACAGACACAUCAUCCAGAUCGAGAGCGCGGACGAGCUGGUGGACGGCGACUCAGGGGACCUGAACACCAACGCAGACCCCCAGGCCCAGACGGCCAUGUCCCUCCCUUACAUCCCCAAGACCCAGACCUCCUACGGCUUUGCCACCCUCAUGGAGAGCCCCCACACCCGGAGGAAAGAGUCCCUCUUCCACAGCGACCACACCAGCCCGGUGCAGUCUCCCAGCUCCCCGCGGAAGAAAUCCACCGCCAAGGUGAACGGCGAGAGCCACCACCUCAACACUCCCGACUUCAACAUCUCCCUGGUCAACCCGUACCGCUACUUCAGCGGCGGGGAGAGCGACACCUGCUCCUCCGCUGAGUCAUCCCCCUUCAACUCCCCUCUCCUCUCCCGCUCCGCCUCCCUGCUCAAGAUCUUCUCCCACGAGGCCCAGUCCAAGGUGGCGAAGGCCAAGCACCCCUUCGCCCGCCACAGCUCGCUGUCCACGGACGAGUGCAGCUCCACGGACACCAGCCCCAACGUGCCGCGGAGGGUACGCUGUCUGGCCUCUCUGUCAGCCGGUGGGGGCGCGAGCGGCUCGGACCUUCAGCACUGCCAGGAGCGGCUUCUCAAGGAGCACACCGUCAACCUCCACAAGGGCGGCACCGCCCGGCUCUACGCUGAGUACGACGCCGGCAGCGCCCGGCUGCGGAUCAGGGUGAUCGCUGCAGAGGACCUCUACGACAAGCACUUUGACAUCAAGAGCAUCAACUGCUGCGUGGCUCUCUACCUGAACCCUGGCAAGCUGCAGAAGCAGAGGAGCACUAUCAUCAAGAACAGCCGCAACCCCGUCUUCAACGAGGACUUCUUCUUCGACGGGGUGCCCUCCGUGCAGAUCAAGAACCUCUCCCUCAAGCUGAAGGUGGUCAACAAGGGCACCAGCCUCAAGAGGGAUACCUUGUUAGGGGAGCGGGAGCUGCCCUUGGCCAAGCUGCUGUCUGGGUUGUAAACUAACCUGGCUUUGUGAAGACUGACCCCUCUGGAGAUGGGUUCCCCCUCCAAGGAUCUCCUUUAUCGGAUGGCUCUCCUGAACCCAAUUGAAUGUAUUAAAACGAAAGCAUCUGACUACAUAGCCUCUCAUAUGCUGCAUGUACGUUCCUUGUACACGUUAUUGAUGUGUUGGUUUAAAGGCGCCCGUGUUGAUGUAUGGUUACUGUUGGAAACGGACUGUUGUCGUGAUGAAGGACUUGUGAUGGAGGUACCUGUGAAGGAAACGCAAGAGUUACUGAAAACCGCUUUGAUAAGAAUUACUGAAAAGUAUUGUAAAGAGGGGGAAAAAAAUCCUGCCACUUACUGUUUAAGUCAUUGGAAGCAGGUGAUUGUAAUUAUUUUGGUUGUUUAACUCAGUGAUUCGGGAAAUUUACACACAAAAAAACAGUAAUGUUUGUAUGAUAAGCUAAGCACUAUUAUUGACAAAAGACAAAAGUCAACACACUUAAAAAAAGGUAAAGUUAACUCCCUGUGUUGUGUCAUUAGUAAUUGAAUGGUUUCGUUUAUACGAUAUAAUUACUGUGCAACGUUUUGUCUUCUUUGGGUGAGUUUCAAAAACAAAACCAGCCGCUGUGCUCUGGUGUCUCUGGUAAAUCAGAAAUACCGCACCAUGCACGACGCUUACAGUCCAGGAAGCUCUUUAUUCACUAUUGGGUUCUAUAGACGUCAUUGGGUUCUAUCGACGUCGUUGGGUUCUAUAGCUUUGGUUUUGUUUUUUUAUCUGUCUUAAUUACCCCCCCCCCCCUUGAGAGUGGGGAGUAUUAAUUUAUGACACGUCAUGAAUUCAUGAAAAUGAAAUAAGCGCACAUGGUUAUUACAUGUCAAUAUUAACGUGUAAAUAAGGAAGAGAAUCCUCUUUGCAGUUUCAGUCAACCAAAGCUAACGUUUCCAUUCAUGUCCCAGCUUCAAUUAAAGCACGACAGACGCGAUCAUAUUCCAUUUCCCUUUAGUCUGAUAUCAAAUGUCAGUUUCUAAUUAUUCGAUCAGAAAUACCGCUUCAAUAUAAACGUAUAAACGAAACCAUUCAAGCAGGAGAACACGUCAGCGCAUGAAGAAUUUAUAUAUACACACACACACACACACAACACUUUACACGAAGCACGUCCCAGCAAUGUUCUCGGUUUGGUUUUGAUAACUUUGGUGUACGUUCUCAGUGUAUGUAAAAAUAUAUAUAAAAAAAGGGGGGAUGUGUUUGUUGGUUUUUUUUUUGUAUUUGUUUGUAAUGUAUAUAAUGAAUGAAUUUGUAAAUGUCUGUCUACAAGAGAUAUCCUCAAUAAAAAGGUGGAUUUGCAGGGUCUUAUUAA